GGUGAGGAAUGAAAAGAGGAGGUAUUUGGAAGGGUAGACAUCUAGGCUCUGGGGUGGAGGGCCUGAACGGGGCAGGGAGCAAAGAUGCCAUGUGAGUAUUCUUUAUUCAUGACUCACCCUCUCUUCCUCCUCCUCUUCAUUGCUCAACCUCAAAUCUCCCUGGGAAAUACCUCCUUGACUGGAGACCAAGUCAGUGCCUCACGGGGGUAAUUGAGUCAUGAGGGGUGGAGAAGAGGGAGGGAAGCAGAAGAUAAAUAGCAGCUUGGCUUCACUGGUUCCUCUCUGCAUUCUCCCCACCCUCCCAACAAUAUGCAUCUUGCCAGGUUGAUCAGUUCCUGCUCCCUCCUACUGCUUUUGGGGGCCCUGCCUGGAUGGGCAGCCAGUGAUGACCCCAUUGAGAAGGUCAUUGAAGGGAUCAACCGAGGGCUGAGCAAUGCAGAGAGAGAGGUGGGCAAGGCCCUGGAAGGCAUCAAUAAUGGCAUCACUCAAGCUGGAAGGGAAGUGGAGAAAGUUUUUAAUGGACUUAGCAACAUGGGGAGCCAGGCCGGCAAGGAGCUGGACAAGGACAUCCAGGGGCUCAACCACGGCUUGGACAAGGUAGCCCAUGGUACCAACAAUGGCGUCGGACAAGCAGGAAAGGAAGCAGAGAAGUUUAUCCAUGGGGUCAACAAUGCUGCUGGACAGGUUGGGAAGGAGGCAGACAAAGUGAUUCAGGGGGUCCAUCAUGGGGUCAACCAGGCGGGAAGUGAGGCAGGGAGGUUUGGCCAGGGGAUCCACCAUGCCGCUGGGCAGGCUGGGAAUGAGGUAGGGAGGUUUGGCCAGGGGGUUCAUCAUGGGAUUGGUGAGGCCUGGAAGGAAGCAGACAAGUUUGGCCAGGGGGUCCACCAUGCCGCUGGGCAGGCUGGGAAGGAGGUAGAAAAGUUUGGCCAGGGGGUUCAUCAUGGGAUUGGUGCGGCCUGGAAGGAAGCAGACAAGUUUGGCCAGGGGGUCCAUCAUGCUGCUGGGCAGGCUGGGAAGGAGGUAGAAAAGUUUGGCCAGGGGGUUCAUCAUGGGAUUGGUGAGGCCUGGAAGGAAGCAGACAAGUUUGGCCAGGGGGUCCACCAUGCUGCUGGGCAGGCUGGGAAGGAGGUAGAAAAGUUUGGCCAGGGGGUUCACCAUGGGAUUGGUGAGGCCUGGAAGGAGACUGAAAAGUUUGGCCAGGGGGUUCAUCAUGGGAUUGGUGAGGCCUGGAAGGAGACUGAGAAGUUUGGCCAGGGGGUCCACCAUGCUAUUGGGCAGGCUGGGAAAGGAGGAGACAAAAUAGUCCAAGGGGUCCAUCAUGGGGUUAACCAGGCUGGGAAGGAGGUGGGGUGGUUUGGGCAGGAUGCUCAUUAUGCCACAGGACAGGCUGAAAAGGAGGGAGACAAAAUAGUCCAAGGUGUCCGUCCUGGGGUCAACCAGGCUGGGAAGGAGGUGGAUCAGUUUGGCCAUGGGGUCCACCAUGAGGUUAAUGAGGCCUGGAAGGAGGCAGAGAAGUUUGGUCAGGGGGUCCACCAUGCAGCAGGGCAGGCUGGGAAAGAGGGGGAAAAAGUGGUCCAAGGGCUUCACAAUGGAGUCAACCAGGCUGGGAAGGAGGUGGAUCAGUUUGGCCAGGGAGUUCACCAUGCCGUUGAACAGGCCGGAAAGGAGGCAGACAAAGUAGUCCACGGGGUCUACGAUGGGGUCAACCAGGCCGGGAAGGAGGCAGAGAAAUUUGGCCAAGGGGUCAACCACGCUGCUGGCCAGGCUGGAAAGGAAGCGGAGAAACUUGGCCAAGGUGUCCACCAUGCUGCUGGCCAGGCCGGGAAGGAGGUGGACAGGUUGCAGCAGAAUGCUCAUUAUGGGGUCAACCAAGACGGCAAGGAGGCCAACCAGCUGCUGAAUGGCGGUCACCCAGGCGGAUCCACCGGCCAUCACGGAGGGGGCGCAACCACAACAUUAACAUCUGGAGCUUCGGUCAACAAGCCCUUCAUCAACUUUCCAGCUCUAUGGAGGAGCGUCGCCGACAUCAUUCCCUAAACUGAUGCACUGGCCUUGCUGAGCAGACUGGCUUUCCUGUUGGCAUAUCAGCUGAAAUGACUUGGAGGAGCUAGGGAUGGGGGGGGGGGUAGAUUUCGGGAGUCCCUUGAGGGAACUGUACUGAGAUUUGUGAAUAAAUAUGACACAACAUACUCUCA